UACGAUGACUUGGUACAUUACGCCGGAAUGGACGGAGGGGUCUCUCUGCCGGCCUUCGGAGACCCUCACUCGGGCAGGGGUCUGCAACACCACGCUUUGAACCAGGGAGGCCCCUAUGGAUCGGCGGGGGUUAACCACCGGCCGGGGAUGCCUCCGGGACUGGGCUCCAACGACGCCUUGAAGAGGGAGAAGGACGAAAUUUACGGGCACCCCUUGUUCCCUCUGCUGGCCCUGGUCUUUGAGAAAUGUGAGCUGGCCACCUGUUCUCCCCGAGACACCUCUGGUUCUUAUCCGGGAGGAGACGUCUGCUCAUCGGAUUCCUUCAAUGAGGACAUCACUGUCUUUGCCAAACAGGUUAGGACAGAAAAACCUUUAUUUUCUUCCAAUCCUGAACUGGAUAAUUUGAUGAUCCAGGCUAUUCAGGUGCUGAGAUUUCAUCUCUUGGAGUUGGAGAAGGUUCAUGACCUCUGCGACAACUUCUGCCACCGCUACAUCACCUGCCUGAAGGGGAAGAUGCCCAUCGACCUGGUCAUCGACGACCGAGACGGAGGAUCCAAGUCAGACCUGGAAGACUUUGGGGGGGCUUGUCUUUCCGACCAGAGCAACUCCUGGAUCCGAGACCACGAUGAGACGGGGUCAACGCCCUCAGGGACGCCGGGACCCUCCAGUGGUGGGAUUGCCUCCCAAAGUGGAGAUAACUGCAGUGACCAAGGGGAUUGCCUGGAUAACAGCGUGGCCUCCCCCAGCACGGGAGAAGACGAUGACCUGGAUCGGGACAAGAAGAGAAACAAGAAACGUGGGAUUUUCCCUAAGGUGGCCACGAAUAUUAUGCGCGCGUGGCUUUUUCAACACUUGUCGCAUCCUUAUCCCUCGGAAGAACAGAAGAAACAGUUAGCCCAGGACACUGGAUUGACAAUUCUGCAAGUCAAUAACUGGUUUAUUAAUGCCCGAAGGCGCAUAGUUCAACCUAUGAUCGACCAAUCAAAUCGCACAGGUCAAGGUACGCCGUAUAGUCCUGACGGGCAGCAAAUGGGAGGCUAUGUAAUGGAUGGGCAACAGCGCAUGACAAUUCAUCCCCCAGGACCAAUGGGAAUGACGAUGGGUAUGGAGGGACAGUGGCACUACAUGUGAUAGUCUGAACUCUCCGUUGACAUCAGAGGGGAAGACUCCAGUUCUAGGCUUGGUGACCUUGGAGAAGACACUUCCUGGUUUACAGGCACAGGAUUCACGGAGC